AUGUCUCAAAUCGACCCUGCGUAUUUCGAAAAGCUCAAAGAAUAGCUUAACAGCCUAAACAACAACAAUGAGAGCUUCACUGAAAGGAAUAUCUUUGAAAUCCGAGAGAGAUUAAGUCGAAUUUCUGAGGAGGUACAUCAAGAAAGAAAUAGAGACACCAAUCAUGUAAUGAAUUUAUUUGAGUUAAUUAUAGCAAGUCCUUUAGAACAACUAGAAAAGCUUCGUUGAUAAUUGUUUGAACUUCAUUGUUUAUGUGCUUUAACAUGUUGAACCUCAGACGACUCGCAAUACAAAAUUCUUAAUUAGGGCUGCCAUCUUGGAAUUACUACAGAAGAAAAUUCUGUUGUAACACAUGACAUACCAAGUGGUUGAAUAGAUGACUGCUGUGUUGGAGAAGGACAACGAGAAUAAUGCUGCCGUGGCCAUCCGCAUUAUUAAUGAUCUACUAAAGUCUAAUCAAUAAUAAUCACAUCAAUAUUAAAGAUCAAACACUCUAUUUUCAGAUGCAUUGCUCUUGAGAUUAUACUCAUUCUUUGAGCAACGGAUUGAAUUCCUGGUUAAAUUUAAUAAUGAACUCAAAAAGUCUCAAUACAAGAAGCUUUUAGGAGAUAAUCAAAGUAAUCCCUUCCAGGAUCAGAAUUAUGUGUUACAAUCAGAGAGCGAGGACAAAAGAGAGAAGGACAUAAGACUCAAUAUUUAUAGUUUAUCUUUUGUGACUAACAUACCACCAUUCUUCAUUUACACAAUCUUUGUUUUAGACUCUAUAGUCAAAGAUGAAGUAUACAUUCAAUUUAAAUCUAGACCAAAACUCAAAUGAGAGAAAUCUUGAAGCGAGCCUUAAAGACCAUGAAUCAAGUGAUCAAUGAAACCAACUUCCAAGAUUUGUUGUAGAAAGUCCCAAGAAAUAUAGUCUAAGAACUCUUUAAUGCCUACUCCAAAUUUCUAUAAUUGCUGGCUCUUACCAUCAAAAGGGAUGAAAACUAGUUACAACCCCAAUCCAGAAUCAUCAAGGAUAUAUCUGACACCAUUAAAUUAGAUUCCGUCGUAGCCACCAUCAUCAAAACGCUCAAACAUUGUCCGGUUGACAUUAUGCACCUAAGGAUCGAUAUCAGCAACCGUCUGAAAUAGUCCAUCAUUUAAAAGAGAGAUCCCAUUUAAUAAAACGACAUGAAUGACAAGAUCAAUGAAAUUAAUGCCAAUGUGGCUGAAUUGAUUGAUGAAGAAACCAUAGUGGGUAAGAACCUUAAAAUACCACCCUAUCAAAAGACUAGCAUCUAUCAAAAUUGGCUAGACAUUGUUAAACAUGUAGUUUAAAGUUACCUUCCCAAAUUAGAGUAAACAUCAUAGCAAUAACCCCCAAAUAACUUAGAGAAAAUGUAGACAGAUUUCAUUAACAAUUAAACCUAUAUGGAAAAGAUUUUCAACACCAUAUUCAAAGUUCUAUUUGAUUCUUCCUUGUAAUUAUCCAUCCACGAAAAGGCAUUAGAUCUAAUCAAGGUGUUCUUAGAAUUAUUCUCUAGAUAAGGCACUUACUUCAUCGAUAAGAUCCUAUUGCAAUAUUACAUUGAUCAGCCUCAACAACAAUAAUAAUAGAAUGACUCCAUCUUCAAGGAAGUGACCACUCAUAGUCCAAAGUACAAAUUGUUGGAUAGAUUAUUCCAAAUGAUUGGAAUGAAGUUAGCAUAAAUCAGAAAGCAGAUCUAGUAGAUUAAAGAGAUGUUAAACAGAACCUAAAGAUGGGGUAUUAUCAAGAAAACAACACCAUAAACAAAUGUAUCGUCCAUGCCUUGUAAUAAUGAACCCUUAAAUGAGAGAUACAUUUCUCAAUUGGAGUAGUACAUUAAAGAGAACGAAAUUGAUAUCGAUCAGAAUCUAAUUACUUAAUAGGAUUAAGCAGCUACUCAAGUUUAUACUUAUGAUGAUGAGGAAGAAUACUAGGUUAAUUCUAUUAGCAUCAACUCAUACAGCUAAUUCAUUGAAUUCGCUAAAGAGGUGAAAUCGAAGAUAUUCGAUCAAUUGAAUGAAAUCCUACAGAAGUUACUUCACUUUGUGACCACGACCAAUAAGGACAUCGUAAUGAAGUAUAAAGGUAGACCCAACUUUUAAGUGUCUUAGAGAUUGGCACCCUUAGCUUAAGCUUCAAAUGAAAGCAAACCAUAUCUAAGCAAUCUGCAAUGUCACUACAUGUCUAAGAUAAUGAAAAAUGGUCUGAUGAUCUUUGAUGAAUUGCAUGAUCAUCAAAGAAACCAUUUUGAAAUUUUAGAUUAUAAAAAGAAAACAAUUCCUCUAUUCAUGCAAUUCUUCAUUUAGUUCCAAGACCCCAUAAAUUUUAAGAACAUCUUUGAACCUAAUUCCAAACUAUUGUUGAAGAUCUCAGUCAACUUAAUAAAGACAUGUCCAGAAACUCACUGUCUUCCAUUAUUGUUGUAGGAUCACCUGUAGAUAUUGAGUCAUCCCGAAAACUAAGCUUAACCUAAACUGUCAGUGAAGUAUUACAUAGAGUUCCUAUUGAAUUUAUAUUUGAGAGAACUGCAAACUACUCCAGAAUUGCCAUCCAGAUUCGGCUAUUGUAGAGGGGGUUAAUUGAUACAAAUGAGCAAUCAAAAAUAAUAAAAUGUAACAUAAAAAGAUUAAGAUGAAUACAUCUCAUUAAUACAGAAAUUGCUAAGAAUUCCAAUUAGAUUAUUUCCCAGAGUAAAAUGCUAAUAAAAUGAAGAACCCAUAGUAAAACCACUGGUGAAAUAAUUGAUACUGUUUUUUGUAAAGAAGUCACAUGAAACAUAUUAUCCAAUAGACUUUCUAGGAUUGCUAUUGUCGUUGGUUAAAAGAAUAUAGAAUAACGAUUAAGGAGAGGGAUUAUCUAAGUACUUCCAAUAAUUGUGUGACAAAUAUGAUCGAAAUGAUAAAUAAUAGAUUCUCCAAAGACAACAAUAUGAGUUGUAUCAUAAAUUUAAUUUGAGUGGAGUUAAUAUUGUUUUAAACAUGUUUGAGUUGUUUUAAACAGGCAUAGUGGAGAUUCAAGAUAUAGUCGCAGAAGUGAUAGCUAACUUCCCAUUGCAAAAGACCAUUCAAAUUAAUUUGGCCAAACAAUACCCUGUUUUCGCAUAAUGUCUAUUCAGAGCCUUGCACAACAUAUCCACUAUUGAAAAUUAAGUAAUUCAAAAGACACUAAUGUUAUUGGAGAACAUUGUAACCAAUUUGAGUAUGGAAGAAAUGAGAGAAUUCUUUGGAGAUCUCCUCCAACCAUUCAUUGAAAAGUUGCUGACAUUCCCAUCAGAAUAUAAAAUGGCCGACAUAUAUUCAAAAUAAGUGAACUUAUUUUUGGAUCCUUCCUUCAAAUCCUUAAAAAUAUUAUCCAAAUUGGGAGCCUUGGUUAGAAAAUCAGAAUGGCCCAUCGAGAUCAAAAGAACUCACACUGAUAACCCCUUCAUUAGAAACCAAUAUCUGGAAGUCCAGAUUGAAGGAUUGUAGUCUAAUCUAAAGAUCAACCUUUCUGAAACAGUAAGAUGUGCAGUGGAGAUUCUCCAAAACUUCUUGGAAUAACAAUUGGCCACAUAUCUAUUCAAAUAAUCUUCAAUUUAGCAUAGUUACUCGAUAGUAAAGAUGGUAUUGUUGGGGUAUUAUCAAAUGCCAAUUUAAUUUGACCAUGAUUUAUACAAUUAUCAAAUACCAGAAGGAAUGGCAUUGGAUAUGAAAUUACAGUCUCGUUAAUGUGAUCAAGACUUAUUGAUGUAUUAAGACGAGGAGUUGAUCUCAUCAGUAACCAAGGUGUUUAUUGGGUUAAGCAAUUUUCAUAAUAUCAUCCAGACUCUCACAACAGCCACAUUCCACAAGAUCAAGGAAGAUGUAGAGAACGUUGUAACAACCUUAUCUGAAAUGUUUUUCAUUCAAUUAGCCGAUGAUCAUUGCGAAUAGAUUCAACAACUCAAGUAAACCAAACCUGAUUUGAAUUCGCUCUAUGCCAUGACAGAGGAUAUUGUGGCCAAAUAUUUGAGAGAGAAACCUCAAUCCAUUAAAUGGCUAUCUCAUCUCUUCAAAGGUUUAAACAAGAGGUAUAUGCUCACAGCUGAGGAGAAUAUGAAUUUCAAGGAUUUCUAUAUUCAGCAACAUGAGUUCAUCUGGAUUAAAUUACUCAUGGGCAAUUGUCUUAAGAAAUACAAGAGAAUAUUGAGUAAUCAUAUGAAAAAUAACAAUGAGAAUAUGGCAUGGGCAUAUAAUGUCUAUUAUACAGUUAUAAUUCGUUUGUUUGAAGAGUUUGUAUACGAGAAGUUUGGUAAGUAAACCUAAUUGCAAAAGGAAGAUGAUCGUCGUAAAAAAAUACAAAUCGUUUAAUGUAAAUUAUUGAAAUAUACUUAGCUUAUGGAGGAACUAUGAUACCAUCUGAGGGAUUGAAUUGCAGAUCCAUUUCCAUUGAAUUACUGACUGAAAUCCAGAAUUUCAGACCCAAAUUUGAAGAUUAUUACAAAUCAAACUAAUUAAUUGGAUUACCCUACAUACCUGAUCAAAGAAUUGUGGAAUGCUCAUUUAUUUUGUUAAGAUAACUACCAGAAACAAUAAGAGUCGUAUCAUAAUAGCUAACUAGAAAUUUAUUAUUUUAGACCGUCAAUUAGUUGAUUGAAAAUCUGAAUUUUGAUCAUUCAAAAUACCCUCAUUCUCAUUAGAGUACGCUUAUGUUAUCGAAUAAAUUAAGAGAGUUUGUAAAGGUCAUCACACAAAACUGUCUUACAUUCAAAAAGUCAUUGUUAUAGAUAUGCACUGAAUUGCUCGAUCAUAUCAUUGCCAAUUACUAUUAAGGCAAUGCUGGCCCAUUAUUUUAUAUGAAUAUCGGCGAUAGCAUGAAUUCUAGAUUUGAAGAGCUAAUUAAACCCAUACCGUUAGAUGAAAUCACAGGCCCUAAUUAAUAGUAAUUAUUUUGGGUUAAUAUUGACUAUUCGGAUAUCCCUACUUCUCCAUACACUCAAAAUACAGUCCUUAGAGAAUUAGUCUUGAUCAUUAAACAGUUGUGUGAAGAACAAAAAAUGUCAGAUAUGACUGCUCAGAGAUAUGCAAAUGGCUUUAGAAUAUUGGCCUACUUAUUUUAGAAAUAAGGAAAGCACAAGUCAGUUUCGUAUAAUUUAUUCAAAGUUUUGUAAAUUGUUGAGAAUGAACCUUCUUUGAUUCCAUGCAUUGACGAAUUUGUUCAAUAAUCGUUUAAGAUCAUACAAUAAAACGAGGAUACUUAUUACAAAUAAUCCAAACUGAUUCUUACGAAUGAGGAAUAGCAACAACAGAAUGCUCAAAUCAAUGUAUCCCAUGGGUUAGAUGAUUUGGAUUACAAAAUCAAUAUUGAAGACAUAGAUUUUGAAAUCAAAUGGCAAAGUUAUAUGGUUGUAGCAGUGUAUGGCUUCUUGAAAUCUAUAGCCACCAUCAAUUACAUAUAUCUGAUUCAGAAACACCUUCAGAAGAACAUCGACAAAAAUCUAGCAUUUAAACCCCCCAUCUUGGCUAUGAAAUUCAAGACUGUUGAGAUUCUGUAUGAGGGACUCUUGAGAGUUGAAUCCAGCAUUAGACAGGCAGGUUAUAGAUAUCUAUAGGAUUUGUUGUAACAGGAGGGCAUUUCUAAUGACAAGACCCUAUUUGAGAAUGAUGAUCGAUUGAAAAAGGUCAUGAAACCCUUGCUUACAUGUGUGUAGUCAGACAUCUUUCAUUACGUUCCUUCAUUCUUGAAGUCUCUGAAGCUCAUUUUGAAGAUAUUCAGCAAGGUUUUUCAUAAGGCCUUAUCGGAUAAGUUGUAAACUCAUUUGACGAGGAUUGUUUAAGACAACAUACAAUAACCCAUAACUCAAAAUAAUUAAUUUUGUACAGCUAUGGAAUGGUUAUAUCAAUAGUAUUAAUCGCAAGAAUCAUUGAACUUUUAGAUGGGUAUCAUAUCUGGACUCUUGAAAUUAUUCCAGCAUCUAACCUCGUAGCUUACGAACCCAUCCAAUGGGACCAAUAAUAUUAAUAUUGUUUAGAAAAUAAUUACGGAUACCAAUAAUCUAAGACGUAACUACGUUUUCAGAGUGUCUUAAAUGUAACUUAAUCAAUCUAUUGAUAAACCAUUAGUUAAAUUCUUAAACACUCUAGCUGCUAACUACUUCGAUGUCUUCUAGUCAUCCUACAAUAUUGGAUAGAUCCAAUAGUUUUAAAAACAAUUGGAAGGAGUGAGCCUACUAUUAGCUAAUUAAACUCCAAUCAAGGGUCUCUGGGAGUAAUUGAGGGAACGUCUCCAAUAUAUUAAGACAGUCAGACAGGUUAUCUCUGAGCCUACCGCAUUUCCUUUGAGAGAGAAACUGUGCAGAGAGAAGAGCUAAUUGGCACUCAAGAUGGAGCGAUUCAAUAAAAUUAUUGAUGAUUUGAGCUCAGCUCUGGAAAAAGGGUUGUUAAAUAUUCAAACUCCAUUGACCCCAGAGUUACAGCAAUCUUUUCAUCAAUCCUACAUAUAAAAAUUGAUUAAUGUGAUAAGUGAAAUCAAGAUAGAGAUUGUUCAAUUCGGUUUUCAAUUGUGCAAGAGGAAUCCCUCAUGUUUGAAGAAGAAUAACCAUUUCCUGGAGAAUUGCAUCUUAAACAAUAUAAAGGACCUUUUGGAGAAGUAGAAAUCGAAUAAUUAGAAUAAGAAAGUGCAAUAGAGUCAAUUACAGUAAGCUUACAAUCAAUUGAUACUUUCCAAUCAGCAAAUCAAUAGUCUAUUGAACAGACAUUGCAGUAUGUUAAAAUAAUUCAUCUCAUAAAACGAAGACAGCAGGGCAGCUAUUUAAGGAAUGCUGAGAUUGAUACUGUAUUCAACACAGGAUAAGGUCAAGAAGUGGGUGAUGAAUGUAGCUAUGAAUAAGUCAAUAUCAUUGAGAAAGAGAAUCAUUGAAAUAUGGAUGGACAAUUUCAAGUUUUCUGAGGAUGAUCAAAUAAAUCAAGUACAAAUGAUUACUGGAUAUCAUGUAAUUUAUCCCAUCUUAUUCCAUUCCAAUUAAAGGUAUGAUGAUAAACAAAGAAAUGAUUUAAGUCAAAUAAGUCAAUUGUCUUUAUUUUAGAGAAUGAAAGAGAUCAAUGAUGACUUCUUUAAAUACUAUGGCAAGAUCUUGAGUGAUAUUGAACAUCACUGUCCCAUGAAUUUCACUUACAAAUUGCCUAAUAGUACUUUAACAGCCAAAUUGUCAGAUGUGAAUCAUUAUUACAAAUCAUCCGUGAUUGAUAUGCUCUAGAUUAGUUCAUAUCUAUUAUGCUUUUAAGAACAAUAGUUACCAUCAGAAUUAAAGAUGUCAUUCCUAUAAUUUGGAUAUGAUAUGAUUAAUAAAUCGGAUAAACUGGUGGCAUUCCAUGCCAAUUUGUACUUCAGUAAAUUCUUAAAGAAGAUUGGGUUGAUCUAAAAUGACCCGAUAUCUGUCAAUAAGAGAUAUUUAAAAAUAUAUAACAAGGCAUUAAAACAAUUGGAUGAGAGUGGAUAGUCUGAAUAAGAGUUAUAUAGCUUAUGUAAGAAGAUAUUUAGUGUGGUCUUACCUUGGUUGGAUCAGGUUGAAGUACAAGAUCAAAAGGAUUGGAUUUAAGCAACUCAAUAGUUACUGAAGUAGGAAUCUUCGAAUUUAGACUUUGAACAGGCUUAAAAGGUGAGUAGAUUCUGGUCUAUGUUUAUAAAGAACCAUAAAAUAUUCCACAAGCAUCAUGAAUCAUUUACAAUCCACAUCAUAAAUUCAAUGCAAUAGAUCGGAUUCUUCAAUUAAAACUAGUCUCCUUAAGCUCCAAUAAUCAUCAAUAGUUAUUAGAAUUAUAGAAGAAUAGCAUUGGAUAUGGCAUUUCUGUAAGUGGAGUGGAAGACUAAAUUGAUAAAGAAUGACUUAUAACAAAACAAUGCCAAGAAAUUCCGAGAUUCAUUCUAUCAAAGUGAGGCUCAAAAUCAUGAUGAAUCGCUGUCCAGUGAAAUCUACUAGUCCUUUUUUAUUAAGCAAUCACUCAAAGCUCACAACAUAGAAGAUGCUGAACUUCAGAAAAGAGCCUUGUAUUUAUUGAAAAAGAUCUUGAUAAUUGCUCCCCUGACGAAUUAUAAGAUGAAUAUGGAGACAGUGAAGAAGAACAUAGCAAAUCUGAUGAAUUAAAUAGUGGAACCUCAAUAAGGAAAUUAGAACAUGAGAUAAAUACCACAAUAGCCUACUGCUUACUUUAGGUAUUUCUUAAUCGUGUUGCAUAUCCUGACUAUUAUUGCUGAGUUUUAACCUUCUAAUAAGAUAAAUCAAUUGUAUCAACCAUUUUUUGACAUCAUCUUCCAUAUGAAUCUAUUGCCAGAUUAGGUGCAAUAGUAGAUGGCACCCAGACCCAAUGCAGGUAGAAUUCCUCCAACUCAACCCAGACAAGCACCUCAAUAAAACAGGAUAUAUAAUCCUCAGCCUCCUUAGGAUAGAGGGCAACAACAUUCAAAUGCGUUGACUCAAGAUCAUGCUCCGCUUGUCUUCUCAAUUUUUAACAUCUUUAGGAAGCUGCUGAAGAAUGCAAAGGAGAAUUAAAACGAAGAGAGUGAUAAGUUUCAGAAUCAGCUUUCCACUUGGGUGAAGGAUGCCAUACAGUAGCACCCUUAAUAUAAGAGGAGUAGUCAAUAGCAAAUGAGCUAGUUCAUGGGAUCGAGGAUUCAGACUCAAGUAUUGAAGGUGAACAUCUUAUCAAUCUUCUUGUUGAAGUUGUUCUUCAACAACGACAUCACCUAUGUGAGACCGUUGUUGCCUUCCUUAAAGAGAAUAGCCGAGAUGCUGAUAGAGUACUUGAAGUAGAAGGAUAAGGGAGAUUAGUAUUUGGACAAUAUGAGAAAGUACUCAAUCCCCAAGAAGCAAUUCAACAUCAGGGAGAAUGAGCAAUGGGAGAAUGAUUCUUAGAAGCAAUACACUCACACAGAUUUAUCCUAAUAUAUCAUGGAUUUUGGAUUGAUGACAGAUGAUUUCCCAUUUGGAGUCAAGAAAAGUGAUGAGAUACUCUAUUUCCCAGAGGAUUUCCCUGAGAAUCAGAAGAUCAAGUUCCACUUGUAUAGAUCAGCUCUUCAAAAGACUUUGAAGAUGAUCGCUUACAACUUUGAUGAGAUCAAGGAUCAGAAGGAAUAAAUUGAAUAUUUGCAAAUGCUAAUUUGGAUAAUAGAGUCGGUGCCUGAUUAUGAGUUGAAAUUGGAAUGCAUCUCAAUAAUGAGGAUGCUAUUCAUCAAUGGAAUCUCGAAUAGGGAGGGUUACUUAUAGGCAAUAUCAGUAUAUCUGUCUCCAGUGAGAUCAUUCCAAAUGAGACAAGAAUUAAAGAAGAUGGAGGAGAAUCUGUAAUUCAAGCCGUCCAAGUUGUCUUAUGAGCAGCAAUUAAGUUUCUUCUUUGAUCUGAACAAGUUCCAAAGCAUGUUCGACAAGAAGAUCGAUCAAAGGAGUUCUGAUAGUUAUGAUAAUCAACAUGGGAAGAUCCAAGAUCUGAAAGUGUUCAAAUUGUACUUUAUUUUCUUAUGCGAACUAUUGUUGGUGUAUCCAUUCAAGAAACAAUAAGGUUCAAUCAAUAGUGGAUUUUAUCUACUAAAGAAUAUAUUUGAUAAGGGGAAUGGUUCCUUGAGAGAAUUCAGACGUAUCCUAUAGAUAAUAAGUAAAUUGAGCACAUGUUUGGAUUACUUGUAAUUCUUCUAUCGAAUGAUUCUUGAUAUCUACGGAUAUACAUACGAUCGAUUCCUGUAAUUCGUGUUAGGUGAUCCAAGCAGCAAGUAGCAGGAAUAGCCACUUCAGACAGAGGGUGAAGAGAUCAUGUUGAUGGCUGUCAAAUUCAUGAUGUUAGGAAGAGGACACAUGUUGUCUCCCUAGGCAUUCUAGCCUACUCAACCAAAUCAAAUAGUUGUGAAGGUGGUACCUAAGGAUGAGGACUCCAUGAUGAGAGAACAAGUGCUCAAUAAAUAUUUGGCUAUUUAUUACAGGAAGAAGUACUGGCAGAAAUUGUACAAUUCAAGUAUCAAACUGUUCACCAGUGAGUAUCUACCUUCCAUAGUCAUUUACAAUCUGUCUUACAUUCCAAUAUAAGAUUAACCGCAAUAGCCAUUAAGAGAAUGCAUCAUUCCAAGUGCAGCCAUUGAAUUGAUGGGCACAGCUGCUAAUGUGAGCAGUCGUUUACUAAAACCAAUAUUUAAUCAAGUUGUGCUUAACGACAUCAAAACUAUCAGUUAAAUCACUGACUAUCUGUCGUAACAAUCCAUAUCCAAUGGCACUCUAUAGACAAUAAGUAAUUUCUUGGUGCAAUAGAUUCUAUCCCAAAUGACUAAUAUUUAUGAUAUUAUGGACAAUCAACAGACUCAACUUAAUUUCAAUAAUUUAAUUAUGUGUCUUAGAUAGAAGAAUCUUCUAUCAUUGGCAUAAUAUCUAUUGGAAUAUAUUUAUUAAUAUUUGAAUGAGGAUUCAUCCUACUAUUCACAAUUAAACGAAGACAUCCUCGUUCAACUACAAGGAGUAUACCAAGAACAAUGGAAUAAACAAUGCUUAUUGGGUUGUAAAGCCUUGACUGCCACUCAACCUUGGGUUAGACAGUUGGUUUUAAUCAACCAAUUAAGAGAACCUGCUUAAUCAUAUUAAUUGAUCUUAAGUAAUUAAGAGAGUGUUGAUCAAUUUUGGUUGUAAUUGGAAUAAGAAACCAAUGAGGCCCAGGGCAUUCAAAAGGAAUAUGAUCAAUAAAUAAUUCAUCAACUAUUCACAGAGUCGUUGUAAUAAUUGAAUUAAUGGAACACACUCAAAUAAGUAGACAUGAGUAAGGUAUAAGCAGUUCAGAACAAAAUAAUCAUGAAUUUCAGAGAGAGACAAAGAGAUGCUACUGAUCAAGGAUGGAAGGAUUUGAAUCAGUUGUCAGAGGUGAAACCAAACAUACAACAGAAUGAUCUCUAUUGCUAUAAUUCAGCCUAUUUCAAGUUGCUGGAUUUUGUUAGAGAUGAAGCAUCUUCAAAUCAGCAUGGAAGAGGGGGCAAUCAUGUGUUGUAAUCAAUCGAAUAAAAUCUUAAAUAUGCUCAAAUUAUCAAUUGCUACAACUUCAUCAAAACCCUCCCCAAACUCACCUAAUCAUAUGAUCAAACCAUGGCCUCUCCUUAAUUGUGGGGUAACAAAUUCCUUAAUUUUGUGUCUCAAUUCUAACUGUACACUGAAUUGGAAGAAAGUCUCAGACAAUAUGCUCCAACUCAACCCGCCUUUCCUGCCCAAGCCUAAAAUGCCUAUGAUCAAUUGUUGGACCUGCUAUCUAAUUCCUAUCAAUCCAGUCUGCUAUGCAAAAAGUACUUCUUCGAAAGACAACCAACCAAUAUCGAUCAACAAGAAUUCACUUUUGAUUUGAUUAGCUAAAGGAUGGUGCAAUUAUAAAUGUGUUUACAAAGAUUCAAUGGACAGCUGAUUCAAUAAACUAAUAAUCAACAAUUACAAUCAAAUACUAAUCUAGAUCAAAAGAGCUACUAGCUGGCUGCUUUGGAUUACAAGACCUUACUAUAUCCAAUGAGGUACUAUUAAUAGAAUGGCAUCUUUGAAUUGUUUGAUGAAUAACCAAUUCUGAAGGAAGUGCCGAAAGUACUUCAGGUAUAUGCAGAGAAAGUCUACCAACUGGAGAAAAUCAAAUUCAAAACAGUGAAAUUCUAAGAUGUGGACAACAAUCAAUAGAGCUUGACUGAAUUGCUCAAUUAUUUCACUUCCUUGACGUUGGGCACUUAUAGUGCUGAAGAAUUCAAAAAUUACAUGAUCAGUAAGAUAAGAAGAUAUAAGAUGAUCAAUUAAUUUUACAAAUUAUUGAGGCUAGAUCAAUCAACUGAAUCUAGCAAUGGAAUGUAAAUUGAGGAACAAAAACUAGAGGUCAUGGUCAGUCAGACGAAUGAAUUCUUCAUUCAAAACUAAGUCAACUAUUUGAAAUUCUGGAAAGAAGCCCAUAAGGUGUAUCAACUUGCACACAAGAAGUAUAGCAACAACAUUAAGUUUGCACAUCAUUACAUUCAAAUUACACCUUUAAGCAUGUAAUAUAAACCACAGAAAUUCCCUAUCACUGGUAUGUACAUGUUUCAUAUCCUUAACAUCACAAAUCCAACUGACUCAAUUGUAACAGAUGCAUUCUCUUAAAUAAUUGGAUUAAUACCCCUGCAUUUAUUGCAACGAUUCCUCACCUAAUUAGUAUCCACCUAUCUCUAAACUCCAUGUGAUUAAACAAGAAAAGAUUGCUUAGAUGCCAUCAAUAAGUUAUGCACCUUCAACCCUCUUAAUAGCUUUUAACUCAUAUAAUACAUAAAGAGUUUGGGAUAGUGCACUGAUGAGAGAACUUCCUAGCUUGUCAAUUUUAUACAAAGUUCUUCAAAAUUAAACCAAAAAAUAGCUUCAAUCUACUCCUUACGUUAUCUUUUCAACUCCGUGUUUGAUUAGCAGAUUUGGGAUAAUGUUGAAGAAAUCAUUUAUCAAUGUGGGAAAAUCUUAGAUUCCAAACACUUUGAAAUUAAUGCUAGUAAUAUCAAUGAUAGGUGUCAAUACAUCUUAAAUAUCAUACAAAAGAACCCUUAGAUCAAAGAUAUGAUUAAGUAAUAUUGGCAAUUUAGUGAUUUGAAUAAAUUAUUAAAAAGUGAUCAACUCAAAACCAUUCAAACGAUUUAUCUGAUCACUCUGAAAUGCAUUUACAUCAAUCUCUUUGGAAUCAAGAUGAAUUUGGAAGAGGACUUCCCAUUACAAUUAAGCAAUUCCAUGAAUUCAUUGUUGCCGAAAUAAAUCUAAAUUGAUUAGUUGUAUUCAAUCAAUGACGAGUUCCAAAUGAAUCAACUCCCCAUGUUUGGAUUGGAUGGUCAAAUCAAGAGAACUUAAGCAUUUGAGACAAUCUAUGUCACUAACAUGUUUCCAACUAUACACUUAAUGUUUUUAAGGAGAAAGCGAUUCAUAAGACAAUUAGCCUUGUUAGGAAACGAUGAGAAGAAGUACUUCUUCCUUUUGAAGACUAAGAAAAUAGAAAACAAGAAGUUCAUACAAUCAAUUCUUGAUGAACACAUAUCCACUCAGUUUGUCAAGAUCACUAACAUCUUAAAUUAAAAUUAUAAAGAAACCAAAAUCAGAAAUGUGAAACACAUGGUUUCAGACAAAUACCUCUUGGAAUACGAAAAACAAUAUUAUCAAAUAGAACCAUAUUAGGAAGAAACCUAUAAUCUCAGUAAUAUAUUAGACACAAUCCUACAAAUACAUUAUCAUGCUAAUCCCAACAGCGAUCCCUCCAUCAAAAUACCCUACUAUAGGUAAUUAUAUAAUGUGAUUUUAAUUUAGCUCGCAAUUAGAGAAGGAACACUUGAAAAAGGAUGAUCUAACCAAGUACAUACUAAGAUUUUCAAAAACUAUCGAGACUUUUGUGUAAAUUAGAAAAGUGUUUGUUGUCAACAUAGGGGUUCAAUUUGCAUUAUCCUUCACUAUGGCCAGCAGUCAGGCUCCUAAAUAAUUGGAAAACCUGCAAAUAAAUUUGAGCAAUGGGAACUUCUAUCAAAAGAAAUAUCUAUUUAAAGUGAAUAACCAAAGACUCACUUUAUAUGAUCCUUUUGCUAUCAGAUACUCCAGGAACAUUGAGCAUUUAGUGGGUGAAGUCAAUUUACAUGCAUAUUUAAUACCGACAUUCACAGCAACCAUUAUUGGCAUUCUAAAUAACGAGUAAAAGUAUCAUUCUAUUCUCUAGUCUCCAUGAGUACUUGAAUGUUGUGUUUUGGUAGUUGGGAUGCAAGGACUCGAUGGAACCAUUCAUGAAGAAGUUGAGAGAUAUAGUGUAUGAGAAUGGAGUCAUUGAUUCUAAAUGCGAUAGACUGAUUGCCAUAUCUAGGAAUUUAUUCAGUGGAUAAGAGAAGCUUAAAUUAUGGGCCAAAAGAUGGUUCUGAUAUGUUUUUUAUGAAUUAUUAUAAAAUUUAAUCGUUUCUUAAAAC